AUGCCGACCGCAAUCGAACAUCUCGGCGCAAAGAUUUAUCUUAUUCACACACCACAACUGCAUCGACCGUUCCUGACCACUGUGCCCUUUAUUGCUGGCGACUUUGUGUCAUGGGGAUAUCGGGUCGACCAACAUGCAUCAAACUCUCCGUACAUUGCUGAAAUACGCGCGCGCGAGAAGAAGCAGCAUGCAGACCGCAAGGGACGAGACGUGAGCCAGAGGACCAAACUGAUGGAAAUAUGGGCGCACGAAAUCAUCGAAAGAAAAAAGACAGAAAGAGAAGCAAGAAGACGAAAUUCAAGACGAGGAGAAGAAGAAGAAGAAGAAGAAGAAGAAGAAGAAGAAGUAGGAGGACACACAACAAAUUCAGAGACAGGAAACCUAUGCUUGCACACAGAUGCCCGGAUGAAGAAAACAGGAGACUUUGUCCAGGACUUUCUCGGCGGCAUCGUCGAAGUCGAGAUAUUACCAGAGACAUUGCGGAUCCGCGACCACGUGCGCUACCUAUAUGCGAUCCGCUACGUCCCCAACGCACCUUUGCCAGACUGGGCGCAUCCAACGGUCACGUACGCCGAUAUGGUGGUGCUAGAGUACCGGCCGCAGAAGACGGACAUGCACGACCACUUUUUGCGCGCGCUGGGCAAGGCGAUAGGCAAGGACGAAGGGAGGAUGGGCAAGGUGGAAACGUGCAUCAAGACGGGGGCAAUGCGCGUGUCGCUGUGGAUUGAUGUUGGCGACGUGAUUGGGGAGUGGGCGACGAGCAGACAGGGAGAUGUGGAGGAUAGGGAUCCGGUGCCCAAGUACGAGAGGGGAGAAGGGCCACCGGCGUAUAUUUAG